UUCAACCCAAAUCUCUUGAAAAUAAAAACAAAAAAAACAACACUAAUCCUAGCAUUGAUCACUUUCAAUCACCCAUCUCGAAUUCUCAGAUCCCUAACCCAACAAUCUAAAUCCUUACAUCAAAAGAAAUAAUCUCCUUUCUUAAAAAAAAAAAAAAAAGGAAAACCCCCAAGAAGAAACGUUGAAGAUUAUCAAUUAUGACAACGAAUUAUUCAGCAAUCACAAUACACCGCCUGAAUCUCAGCGGGGAUUGCUUCGACCACGUCCCAGUUUCCUCCCCAGGCCUAUGGAACAUGCAAUAUGGAGAAAGCAUCCUCAAGCACAACCUGGUUCGUCUCCACCUCCAGCUCGUCAUCAUGAUCAUGCUCCCUCGUGCUCUCCAUUCCAUCCUCAAGCUCCUCCGCCUCCCUCGAAUCACCUCCGAGAUGCUGCAGGCAGGUUACCUCAUCGGCCCAAACGUCCUCCACGCGCUCUUCCCCGCCGCAGCCGCGCUCCUCUUCCCUCCAAUGCCAAACCAAGCCGUGGCCGGCCUAGCCAAGGUCGGCUUCAUCAUGUUCUCGUUCCUCAACGGCGUCAGAAUGGACCCGGGCCUGGUCAAGAUCUCCGGGAAGAAAGCCCUAGCCCUAGGGUUCGCCAUCUUCCUCUACCCUUUCACCAUGGUCCACACCUGCAUCAUCAAGUUCCCCCCGGAGAGCCGCUUCUCCGACAAGGACAGGAUGCAGUUCCUCAAGAACACCGACAUAUACCUCGCGCUCAUCACGACGUCGCAGUUCGUCGGCGUCAACACCGUCCUCAUGGAGCUCAAGCUCAUCAACACGCAGCUUGGCCACCUCGCCCUGGCGUCCACCCUCAUCAGCGAGCUCCUCCGCUUCGCCUACUCCAUCUUCCUCGGCUACCUCCAGAUCGUGUUCACCAUCGAGUCCUCCCUCGGGACCAAGAUGCUCAUGUCCAGCCUCUUCUUCGCCUUGAUGGUCUUCGUCGUCGCCAAGGCCAUGGUGUUGUGGCUCAUCAAGAGGACGCCGACGGGGAAGCCCAUGAGCGAGGUGCACAUCAACUUUGUUAUCGGGGUGCUGAUGACCAUGUCGGCGACGAGUGAUGCCUUUGGGGUUUACUACUUGUUUGGUCCCUUUCUGUUUGGGUUGGUGGUGCCGGCGGGGUCGCCGCUGGCGACCGGGGUGAUUGCGAAGCUUGAGACAGUGACCAAUGGGCUUCUCUUGCCGUUGCUGUUGACUUUCUGUAGCUCCACGUUUGACGUGUUCGGGUUCUGGAAGAACUUCGACAUGAUGAUGGACUUCAAGGUGUCGGCUUAUGGGUAUGGGGUGAAGCUGGUGUUGACUUUUCUCACGUGCAUGGCGUGUAGGAUGGGCGCGAGGGAUGCGUCAGCGUUUUCGCUCAUCGUCAACGCCAAAGGCGUCCUCGAAGUCGCCUCCUUCUUGAGCUUCAGCGGCUUGGCGGCAGGAGAACCAGACGCGAACAGCGCGAUGCUCCUAAUCUUCGUACUGACAACCGCACUUCAACCACUCAUCAGGCUGCUCUACGACCCAUCAAAGCAGUACGUCGGCUACAAGAGGAAAUCCAUCCAGUUCGCCUCCCACAACACCGAGCUCCCCGUCCUAACGUGCGCCCACAAGCAAGAAGACGCGGUGGCGGCCCUCAAGAUGCUCGAGUUCUGGAACCCUACGAGGACAAGCCCUCUCUCCAUCUACGGCCUCUGCCUCCAAGACCUUGUCGGCAGCUUCACCCCUCAGAUCAUCAACCACCAGCUCGGGCAGAAGGCCGCCGACACCUCCUCCUCCGCCACCUCCUCCGCGGCGUCGUCGCUGACGUCGUCGUCCGCGUCACAGCCGAUCGUCGACGUGUUCAACUACUUCAAGACCGAGUUCAGGCGCGUCGGCGUCGUGGUCAGCGCGUUCACGGCCAUCUCGCCGCAGAAGCUGAUGUACGAGGAUAUCUGCUGGAUGUCGUUCGACAAGGCCGUCUGUAUUGUGAUCGUCCCGUUCCACAAGAAGUGGAACCCUAAAGGACAGCUUGUUCACGAGAGUGGCGAGCUGAGGAAUCUGAACAUCGCGGUGCUGGAUAGGGCGCCGUGUUCGGUCGGGAUCCUGAUCGACCGGCGGACCAGCCACGGUGUCGGGUCGAUGUUCGUCUCGUCGCCGACGUAUAGAGUGGUGGUGUUGUUCUUUGGUGGGGCCGACGAUAGGGAGUCGAUGGCGAUCGGCGGGAGGAUGGCUGGGAGCCCUAGGGUUCAACUGACGGUGGUGAGGUUCAGGACAUGUCAUCUUGCGGUGAACGAGGAGGAGGGGGAUGGGUUCGGUGGUCGUGGGCCGGGGAGUGAGCGGAGUUGGGAUGAGGUGUUUGAUGACGAGAGUUUGAGGAUUUUGAGGCACGAGAUGGCGGAUGCCAGCAACGUGAGGUUCUUGGAGGAGGAAGUGAGGGACGGGUCGGAUACGGCGCAGGUGGUUCGGUCGUUGAAGGAGGAUUUCGAUCUGAUGAUUGUCGGGCGGCGGCACGAGGAGGAGAUGGAGGCGCUGUCGGGGCUGUCGGAGUGGGCCGAGUUGCCGGAGCUUGGGCCGGUGGGGGAUAUUCUGGCCGGUGGGGAUAUGGGGACGGCUGCGUCGGUGUUGGUGGUGCAACAGCAGAUCAUGAAAGUGUUUAUAAAGGCAAGAAGCUUGUGCUACGUACCGAGGAGAAGGAAGGAGCAACAAUUGACGAGUUUCGACUUUAUUUCCCACUAUAGCAGCGGAGCGGUGAGAAGAGUGAUCGAUGACUUUCUCCGGCGGCGGCAGAGAGCAGCAAAUGGGGCGAGAGCUAGGGCGGCAGGCGGUAGCAGAUGGGGCGAGAGCUAG